GGCGAGCAGAGGGCCGGGCCGGUCCUGCCCUGCCCUGCCCUGCCCGAUCGGGGCCGUGCAGCCCAGCGCCGCCUUCCCUGAGAUGAUUUCCAGCGGCGCCAACGGCAGGAGACCACCGCCGCGUUGGAGGUCAGGGCCGACUGCGGCCCGGGACGGCUGCCAAGUCCAACUGCUGCAGGUUUUACUGGCUAAAAGAGCUCCACAUGACGGUGGAAAUGGCUUAAGCAGCUGGGGAGGGAGGUGAGGGGAAGAAAUACAGACCAAAGUGCAGAGAAAGUUAAAGAAGUCAAGACACAGAACUUGGUGGUUUGUGAACUCUGCAAACGAGGGGAAUACCAGAGGCAGCCUUGGUCUCAGCCACUUGGAACUCCUCCAAAGAGCACAGUCACUGCUGAUGCUCCAUCUCUGUUGUCCUUUCUGGCUGAUCGGAGAGCAAGUCCCCAGCACACUGCCUGCAGCGGCCUCACAGGACUGAGCUGUAUGAGGAUCCACCAUCAGCAUGCUGGCCUAUCGUCUAUUCUCCAGACUACAACAUCACCUUCAUGGGACUUGAGAAACUGCAUCCAUUUGAUGCAGGGAAAUGGGGAAAAGUAAUCAAUUUCCUGAAAGAAGAAAAGCUAAUUGCAGAUGACUUGAUUGUACAGGCACGGGAAGCUGCUGAUGAAGAUCUCUUGGUUGUUCACACGAGACGCUACCUUAAUAAAUUAAAGUGGUCGUUUGUUGUGGCUACCAUCACAGAAAUUCCACCAGUGGCCUUUCUUCCCAAUUUUAUUGUCCAGAGGAGAGUUUUGAAACCUCUACGGACCCAGACAGGAGGAACAAUAAUGGCAGGAAAACUUGCUGUUGAUCGAGGCUGGGCAAUCAAUGUGGGGGGUGGUUUCCAUCACUGUUCAAGUGACAAAGGUGGAGGAUUUUGUGCAUAUGCUGAUAUCACCCUGGCUAUAAAGUUCUUGUUUGAAAGAGUACAAGGGGUGUCCAAAGCCACCAUCAUUGAUCUGGAUGCUCACCAGGGGAACGGCCACGAGAGGGACUUCAUGGACGACCAUCGGGUGUACAUCCUGGAUGCCUACAACAGAUACAUCUACCCAGGGGAUGGCUUUGCUAAACGUGCCAUCAAACGCAAGGUGGAAUUGGAGUGGGGUACAGAGGACACAGAGUAUCUUCAGAAGGUGCACACUCACGUGGAAGGAGCCCUAAAUGAAUUAAAGCCUGACAUCAUUGUGUAUAACGCUGGGACUGAUGUUCUGGAUGGAGAUCCCCUGGGAGGACUUGCUAUUUCCCCUCAGGGCAUUGUGAAGAGAGAUGAAGUCGUGUUCAGAGCUGCCAGGAGCCGCAGAAUCCCCAUCCUGAUGGUGACAUCUGGAGGCUACCAGAAGAGGACAGCACGGAUCAUUGCCGAUUCUAUCCUCAACCUCCACAGCUUGGGGCUGAUCGACAAGGAGCUAGCAGCCAGUGAGGCUGAAAACCCCAAGGUAGAACAGAUGAUUAGAGACUCUGCUAAAGACUUAUGCAACUUGUCACUGCAGUGACAAGGUCCUGAAUUCUAGGGAACAGCUUCCUGGGUUAGGAGCAGGAAGUCUGCACAUCGUUACUGGCGUAGCAGAACAUCCUCCAAAGGCUCAGCUUGCCUGUAAAACAACACAGUAGGGAUCAUGAGCAACAUCUAACUUCUGGAGCAAAAGCAGCAAAUCCUUUUAAGCUCAUUGAGACAUUUCCUCACAGGCACUGCCUUGUGAUUUCUAACGUCACUGUUGAAAGCUUGACUCGCUUCUCUCAUUGCCAUGGAAAGAACUGGUGCCCAAAGACUGCCCAGGCGUACUGCAGGUGAUGCAGUCUGGACUGCAUUGGGAGAAACAGGAACUAAACCUACUGGCAUCUUGGGUUGUUUGGGUUUUCUUCAGCUGCCACAUUUUAUUUAUUGCUUUUUAAAUGGAAAUCUGGUUAUAAACUCAGUUCUGGGCAGGCUUCAUCUGCCAGUUUAACAUUAGAGUGAAGUGCAAUAGUGUAAAACCAGCUCAGCUGGGAAGCUUUUAAACCACAGCCUAUGACAACAAAAGGCCACUAAUGUCUGUUUUACUGCUGUUGCUGGUAGUGACUGAAAUGCUCUUUAUGAACACCCUGAGAAGUAAACUAUGAAAUGCCUUUGGCUGGGUAUGAAAAUGAGCCACGAGGACACAGUGUUUGCACUCUGGGCUUUGCCUCUGAAAAUGAGGCCUGCAUGUGAAACACCAGUAGUUACUAUGCAUUGUAAAAAACAGAGUAAGGAAGCUACAACAAAUUCAAAGCUAGUUUUAGAGUUCUCCAAAUCCAAAAACAUUCUGUAGAAGCCUAGAGUAUCUUUUAUUGUCAGCUUGUCAGUGACAGUCAUCCUGGAUGAUUCUGCUCCCCAACCAGUGCUCUGCUUACAUUUGCUCCAGGAGUAAUGGUACUAACUGCAGGCAGAGUUGGUGCCCAAGCUGCUCACAUCUACAGAUAGGAGCACAGUGACACUUCCAUUGUCAGUCCAUGUGCUGACUUUAUCUGGGAACUUCCAGGAGGAUGUGGGAACAGAGCAGUGCACAGAAGGCGUUUCAGUGCACCAGCUGUAAGGUCUGGGCUACCUUCAGUUGGUGCAUUUUGCAUUAGGUACUGUUUUUAGCUUCGGGUUGUAAAUCUACUAAGCUGUAGUGUGUUUUGCAAGAGCUUUUACAACUGGCAGGCACUCACUGGUUUGCAGCACAGGUUUUGCCAUCACCUUUAAUUUUGAACCUUUCUGUGAAGGAACCCCAAGAUAUGUCCUGCAGUAGAAUGGGUGUGUAAAGCUAUUUAAGAGGAGUUUGAUUUGAAUUCAAAAUGUUCCCUUCCUCCCUUGGUGUGGAUAUUGAGAAUGGUGAGGUUAUUAGUCCCUUGGCUAAACUUGCACAACUGCUACCAAUACUUGCUUUGAAGCAGCUCUGACACAUUGCACUAACCUUGAGCUGCACCACUGAUAAUAAAAAGCACUUUGAAAUUUCUUACUAGCAGGAUCAUCAGAGGACAGAUAAGGUGGUGAGUUAUUUUUUCUACACUGUCUGACGUUGUUCUUUCCUAUCAUCAGUUCAGAACUAGGAAUUCCAUUUCUAUAUAGAGCCCUGCCAUAGUCUUCUCCAGGAUGUUUUCUGUCUGUCUUACCAUCAUUAGUUUAUUUUCCCUCAGUGCAGAUUAAAAUGCUGUCAAACAA